GUCCGGUUGUUUGGUGAGCGCGAGCAGCAGCACCGGCGGCUCUCAGUCACACCGACACACAAACAACCGACAGAAAACACACCGGGGACGGGAACCGAACAUCAUGCCGUGUCGGAAGGAGAACUACAUCUUUCUGGAGCAGUCGGUCACCGUCGACUCGAAGGAGGUGGACGCGCUGGUGACGAAGAUCGGCGAGGCGCUGCAGCUCCACAACAACACCGGGGGACACCAGCAGACCGUGUCCGUGUCGGUGUCCUGUCUGCACGGGCUGACCGGCGGCGGCACCGGCGGGGUCAUGAGUGGAGGUGGAGGUAACGGAGGUAACGGAGGAGGCGGGAACAGCUCCUCGGCUGCGGGGCAGACACGCUGCUGCAUGCGGCUCCGGAACCGGGGACACCGGGGGAGGAGCAGCAGGGCGAGCCCGUACCACGUCCCCGGUUCGGACCCGGACUGGGACCGGAUCAAACCGUGGAGCAGGAAGCGGAUCCCGGUGGAGGAGGACGACCCGCACCGGCUCCUGCAGGACUUAAUCUUAUCGGGGAACCUGAUCAAAGAGGCCGUGAGGAGGCUGCAGUUCUCCGCCGCAGACUGUGCAGAGCUCCCGGUGCCGGACGGAGCGCCGUCCUGAUACCGGACCGGACCGGGACACUGUGUAGAAUUAAAGGACUGGUAGCUAUUGUUUUUAUAAUUUCAUCGAUUUUUUUGUUUUUGUUUUUGUUUGUAACGUCGGCUAGCAGUUAGCUUAGCUGGCUAACUAGCCGCCCGGCUAAUGUUGUUUAUGUUUGAAUGUGUGUGUGUCU